AUGUUGGAUAACCCAGAGGACAAAAAGAAGACUGCCUGGUACCCACAUCAAGAUCAAAGCAUGAUCAAGACGUUGUUGAAUGCCGCUGGAGAAGCAAAGCAAGCAGAUGGAGGUUGGAAGAGUAGCAUGUGGAUAACAGUGGCUGAUGAGCUAUUGUUGCUCACAAAUGGUACUCAAGGUGGUAAGAAAAAAUGCGAAGAAUUGAAGGAUAUGUAUGCCAAUGUAAAAUGGCUUCGCUCAAAAAGUGGCUUUGGCUGGGACGAUGAGAAAAAGAUGGUCACCGCUUCUGAGGAGAGCUGGAAGGAGCUCAAAAUGGUCAAGCGUCAGGCUAGGUCCAAGAAGAACUUUUUUUUGUGGCGCAAUGUUCCAUUUCCAUACUAUGACGACAUAUCUACUUUGUGCGACAAGAGCAUGGCAGAUGGUCACCGAGCCUAUCAUCCUGGUGGAGAUGCCUCAAAGAGACCAGUGGAAUUGAUGAAGAGUGAUAGUGACAGAUCAGAUGGUGAGGUUGAAAGUGAUGAAGACAAGGAGAAUGUCAAGACACCUGGGCCCUCACACAAAUGGACAUCUGCCACUGCUGGAAACCUGGAACCACAUACCCACAAACGUAGCCGCACAAAGAGUGCGCAUGACGAAGAUUUCACCCGCAUGGUCAAUUGUGUUGAUGCCAUCACACAAACUUUCCAGAAUGAUUCUCCACAGAGGCAUGCACACGCUGUCAAACUACUUGAAGAAGAUGGCAAGCUCUCAGAUGAUACCCGGGAUGAUGUUGUUAUGUGCUUUGAGCAAAACAGCUGCUCAACAGUUUCUUUUCUUGCCCUCCCCUCCAAAGAGCAACGUGUUCAGUACGCCCGCAAGCUCACAACUCGCACUUUCUGA